AAAACACCCAAAAAGUAACGUGAACGUGAUAAAAAGGAGGGAGGUCGAGGCAGAAGCCGUGGAAGAGAGUUUAUCCAGACUACAGGUUCUCUUUUUGGUGAAGGAAUUGCAGCUGCCCAAAAGCGAGGGGAGAUGGGCAGCUAUGGUAUUUGUGGAGGUGGAGGUGGUGGUGGUGCUGGCAAGGCUUGUGAGGCCGCAUUCAUACAUAAACCUGUUCUUAAUCUGGACACAGUCAACAAUAUUGAUAAGGAGCAUGAAGACCAAAAGUUAAAAGAAAUUUUGCGAGAUGACUUUAUUGAUGACCCUGAUGAUGUCAUUGGAAGAGACAGUAAUGGUGACUUGUUUCCGGUACAAUUGCCAAUGGUGGACACAGGACGAGUAUUUAAGGAGGAGGAUGAAGGAAAGGAUGUAAAAAAUAUGAAGCCAAAUGUCUCAACAAAUUUAACAGUUGAAGGCAUUGCAGUAAAAAGUGAACCAGUUGACUCGAGUGAUAACAUAGAUAAUGUAGACACUUCUAUACAAGAUUUGGCUCUAGAAAAAACAAAGCUAGAAGAUAAAAAAGUAUCUGUGAAAGGUGGUAUGCCAGCUAAAGAAAAAACUCCAGAAUGUUCUGUAGCUCAACUCUUAGCAGGAAAGCAUGAAGACUUCAUGUUCUUUCAGCUACCAAACUCUCUUCCAAGUCAUCCACCAGAUGUCAAGCAAGAGCCCAAUAUCACUCAGUUGCAGAAUCAAACACAACAGCAAAAGCAAACUGCCUCAAAUAACUUAGACACUGUCACUCAUGUGAGUCACGUACAAUACGUGCACUGGACCCAACUGGCCAUGUUCUCUCUCUACUCGCCGUCUCGAUGUGUGCAAGCGGAUGUGUUUAUGGACUUAGAUGAGGAUGAAGACCAAAAAUCUAGUCGUCAGUAUUGUACCCUGAGUACAUUACCAGAAGGCCAGAUUGGAACAUUAAAAGUAUAUAAAUCUGGCAGAGCAGAAAUGUGGUUUGGUCAACAUAAACUUGCUGUAAAUAAAGGUACCCAAGUUGGAUUUUUACAA